AAAGAGGCGGUAGUACAAAAGAAAACAAAAAAGCAAUAAUUGGCCAAAAAAAUGGUCACAUGGGAUAAAGCCAGUUGCUUUCAAAAAACCCAGAAAAAACCAAAAAAAGGCACGCAAGGAUGAACAUCAUCACCCAACCCAAUCCUAAUCGGUGAGCGCCACCCACCCCCUAUCCUCCCACUUUCCUUCUUCUCUGUCUCACUCACUCCCUCCCUCCCUCCCACGCAUCCAUCCUCACUACUGACGUCACCCAACUCCACCCACGUGCUUCUAACUUCCCACUUAUAUAAACCCCCUUCUCCUUGCCCAAAUUCUUAGAUGAAUCAAUUUUGUUUUUGGAAUUCACCCCAACCCAACCAGGCAGGUUUAUCACAUGGCACUUGUCCGCGACCGCCGCCACCUUAAUCUCAAACUUCCCUUGCCUGAUAUCUCCGACCGCCGCCCACGCUUCCCCUUGCCACUCCCACCCCCACCUCCCACUUCCCACUCCACUUCCUCCUCCUCCUCCUCCUCCGCAAUCACCACCGCCGACCUCGAAAAGCUCCAGGUCCUCGGCCACGGCAACGGCGGCACGGUCUACCAGGUCCGCCACAAGCACACCUCCGCCCUCUACGCCCUCAAAGUAGUCCACGGCGACAGCGACCCCACCAUCCGCCGCCAGGUGUUCCGCGAGAUGGAGAUCCUCCGCCGCGCCGACUCCCCCUUCGUGGUUCAGUGCCACGGCAUCUUCGAGAAGCCCAGCGGCGACAUCGCUUUUCUCAUGGAGUACAUGGAUUCCGGAACCCUAGACACCCUCCUCAAAACCAAAGGAACAUUUUCCGAACCAUCUUUGGCCUCCAUAGCCACUCAGGUUCUGAGCGGACUCAACUACCUCCACUCCCACAAGAUCAUCCACAGAGACAUCAAGCCCUCCAACCUCCUCGUGAACCACAAGAUGGAAGUGAAGAUCGCUGAUUUCGGAGUGAGCAAGAUUAUGUGUCGGACCCUGGAUCCCUGCAAUUCGUAUGUGGGGACUUGCGCUUACAUGAGUCCGGAGAGGUUCGACCCGGACACAUACGGAGGGAACUAUAACGGGUACGCAGGGGAUAUAUGGAGCUUGGGGUUGACACUGAUGGAGCUGUAUAUGGGUCACUUUCCGUUAUUGCCGCCGGGUCAGAGACCAGACUGGGCGACUUUAAUGUGCGCAAUAUGCUUUGGAGAGCCACCGAGCUCGCCGGAGGGUGCGUCGGACGACUUUCGGAGUUUUUUGGAGUGUUGUCUACAGAAAGAGUCUGGCAAGAGGUGGUCCACGUCGCAGCUCUUGAACCAUCCUUUUCUUUCCUCCAACAAUCUCAAAUCAUCCAAUACUUGAACCCGGAUUAAAAAAGAAGUACAGUCAGAUCCGCCGCUGUUUGUUUUUCGACGGAGUCUGAACUAGCUCUUUAAAUUUUGUAUAUUCUUUUUCCUCUUUUUUUUCUGGAACGAUGUAGAAGCUCAAUCCUUUCAAACAGCGAAUCGUCUGUGGAAAUGGGAUGAUUAGAUUCAUUUUAUUGUUCAUUUGUUGAUAUAAGUUCUCUCUAUGGUGCCUGUUUUGUUC